CCCGCCGACGGGCCGGGGCCGCGGCCGGGGCCGGGGCCGGAGGGAGGGGGCGGCCGCGCCAUGGAGACCUGGGUGCGCUUCAGCGCCCAGAGCCAGGCCAAGGAGCGCGUCUUCAGGGCCGCCCAAUACGCCUGUGCCCUGGCGGGCGACGCGCUGCGGAGGAACGGCGCAGGCGGCGGCGUCCUGGAGGGGCUGCGGCAGCUGGAGGCUCACCUCAGCCUGGGCCGCAAGCUGCUGCGCCUAGGCAACUCAGCCGAGGCGCUGGAGGCGGCCAAGCGAGCCAUCCACCUCUCGGACAUGGUGCUGCGCUUCUGCAUCACCCUCGGCCACCUGAACAGGGCCAUGUACUUCGCCUGCGACAAUGUGCUCUGGGCCGGCAAGGCGGGCCUUGUCCCCAGCGUGGACCAGGAGAAGUGGAGCCAGAGGUCCUUCAGGUAUUAUCUCUUUGCCCUCAUCGUGAACCUGAGUCGGGAUGCCUAUGAGAUCCGGAUCCUGAUGGAGCGCGAGGCGGGCGGGAAGCGGGCGAAAGGCGGCGAGAACGGGCGCUUGCUCCAGGCUGACAACGGCCUCCAGCAGCUGGGGCUGAGGCUGCAGGUUCAGCUCCGGCUUCUGGUCCACGUCCUUCGGAGCAACCCUCCCCUGCUGCUGGACGUGGUGAAAAAUGCCUGUGACCUCUUCAUCCCCUUGGACAAGCUGGGGCUGUACAAGACCGGCCCAGGCUUUGUGGGGCUCUGUGGCCUCACCUCCUCCAUCCUCUCCAUCCUCACCAUCCUUCAUCCCUGGCUCAAACUGAAGCCUUAGUUGUCCCUGGAGCCUGCCUCGGGGCUCCCUGGGUCGAAGCCGCUACAGGCAGAUACUAGGAGACCCCAGAGGCGUUCCCGGGGCUGGGCCACAACGAAGCUGACGGUUUUGGUCCUGUUGUGCGUGGCUGCACAUUCAUGUCACACCUGGCUGCUUUCACCAAGGGUCAACCAGGCUCUGGAGAUGGGAGCAAGGUGGAGGGAGUUCAUGGCGUCGGGGCCCGCAGGGACCUGCUCUAGCCACCUCGUCUCAUUCCCUGCAGCGCCACUAAAGACUCGGCGGACCUAAAUUUGGCUCCUCUUCCUGUAGAGCCCGUCUAGCCCCGGUAGGGGUGAAAUAAUCUCCCUCUGUCUCCGGAGGCUCUUUAAGCCUGGAGCCAGCCAGCAGGGAGCUUCUGCUGCUGCUGCCCACCCUGGGCCAGAGAAGGCCACUGGGGACACUGGGCACCUCUUCCAGACUGCUGCAGAUGUCCCUGUUAGUGGCAGUUUUGCCACAGUGUGAUAAAUUGGGGAGGAAGUGGCUCAGUAGUCUACUAUGAUUCUCUGUGAUGAUUUUUUCCUAGCCACUCUGCUCUGAGCUGGUGUCACUGCCUCACAAAAUUCGAUCUUUCCCAGGUGUCUGUGGCGCUGGAUUACACUGCUUGUGUAGGUCUUGGGUUUGUCCCAGCUCUAACAAGAAUUUCACUUAAUCAGCAGCUCUGACCUUCUCCCUUUGUCUGCGGUUGUUUGUACGCAGGGGCGCUGUGUUCCUCCAUCCGUCCCUGGGAGGGAGCGUGGAAGGGAAGGAGCAAGUACCUGUGCUUUUAACCAAGCAGUGGUGACAGACCUGGUGCCAGAGUUUGCACCUGGUUUUCUUUUCCCUGCUGCUCAGAACUGGGUUGCAUUUGUGUCCACAAACUGAAUCCGUCAGGGAAGGUAUCUUGGGUUGCUGGCACACAGUCAGGGCGAGGUCCUCCCUACUCCCAGCCCCACAGAAUUGGCCGGCAAAAGCUGCCACCCGUUCAGGCUGCUUCAGCGCAGCUCCUGGGGAAGGGCUCUGCUGAAAGCUCCGCUCACACUCAGAGACUUUGAUCCCUCCUGGAGAAGGCAGAUUGAAGUUGCGAGGGCGGAAGGUGACCGUCUGGGCGGGUCUGUUCCCGACACGCUCCUGCUGCUUCCAGGCUUGGCUGCUAGCAGCCUCUUCACACUGUCAACACGGCGGUUUUAAUGUUUUAGAGCAAUAUUUUAAUCUUGGCGGUGGGAGGGUUGAAAAGUACAGCAGAGAGCUGUGAGGCCUCUCCUGCUCCUUGUUGGUCGUGUGUAAGUACUGUACUGUAAAUAGGCACCUGCACUAAUCACAGUGUGUGGCAGUUUGCAGAGCUAAUUAUUAAAGCCAAACUGCUGAGGCG